AUGGCCUGGAGCUUUGUACGGACCUGGUACCUGGCUGCAGAUCUCACGAAGGACGAAGUUGGAUUUCCCCCCCCCCACUCUGCAGCAGCUAUCCUGGAAGUACAGGGCUGGAAAGGCCACACCAUGACGGGGAAAGGCCACGUCUCCUUUGUGGCAGUUUUUGCUUGUGUUUCCCGUUUUCAUCGCUGUCUGUCAGGGGGUGAGGCCCUGAAGGAGACGCUGACCAACUGCACGGAGCCUCUGAAGGCCAUCGAGCAGUUCCAGGUGGGGCGGGUCGCCGUGGAGGUGCCUGGGGGCGGGGUGCUCCUGCCCUCGCUGCAGUCGGCCCUGCCCUUCCUGGACCUGCACGGCACCCCCCGGCUGGAGUUCCACCAGUCGGUUUUUGACGAGCUGAGGGAGAAGCUGCUGGAGAGGGUCUCUGCCAUCGCUUUGGAAGGGAAAGUUGAGGAGAGAUACAAGAAGCUGGAAGAUCUCCUAGAGAAGAGCUUUUCCCUGGUCAAGAUGCCUUCCAUACAGCCUGUGGUAAUGUGUGUCAUGAAGCACUUGCCCAAGGUCCCUGAGAAGAAGCUGAAGUUAGUCAUGGCCGAUAAGGAUUUGUAUAAAGCAUGUGCAGUGGAGGUAAAGCGCCAGAUUUGGCAGGAUAACCAAGCUCUGUUUGGUGAUGAGGUAUCGCCACUGCUGAAGCAAUAUAUCCUGGAGAAAGAAAAUAUUCUCUUCAGCAAUGAUAUUUCUGUCUUGCACAAUUUCUUCAGUCCGUCUCCCAAAACAAGACGUCAAGGAGAGGUGGUUCAGAAGCUGACCCAGAUGAUUGGGAAGAACGUGAAGCUCUAUGAUAUGGUGUUGCAGUUUCUGAGAACCUUGUUCCUUCGGACAAGGAAUGUUCAUUACUGCACGCUACGGGCAGAGCUCCUGAUGUCACUGCAUGACUUGGAAAUCAGUGAAAUCUGCACUGUUGACCCCUGUCAUAAGUUCACUUGGUGCCUUGAUGCUUGCAUUCGGGAGAAGUUUGUGGACAACAAGAGAGCUCGGGAAUUGCAAGGGUUUCUGGAUGGAGUGAAGAAAGGACAAGAACAAGUGCUGGGGGACUUAUCAAUGAUCUUGUGUGAUCCCUUUGCCAUUAACACCUUAGCCUUGAGCACCAUAAGGCACCUGCAAGACCUGGUUGGGCAGGACACCUUACCCAGGGAAAGCCCGGAUCUGCUGCUGCUGCUUAGGAUGCUGUCUUUGGGACAGGGGGCCUGGGACAUGAUUGACAGUCAAGUCUUCAAGGAACCAAAAAUGGAAGCUGAGCUGAUCACGAAGUUCUUGCCUAUGCUGAUGUCCUUUGUGGUGGAUGACCUCACAUUCAAUGUAGAUCAGAAACUGCCCUCGGAGGAGAAGGGACCGAUUCCCUACCCCAGCACCAUUCCUGAAGCUUUCACCAAAUUCUUGCAGGAGAACAGAAUAGCUUGUGAGAUUGGGCUGUAUUACAUCCUUCACAUCACUAAACAGAGGAACAAGAAUGUUUUCCUUAGGCUCCUGCCGGCACUAGUUGAGACGUUCAGUGACUUGGCCUUCAGUGAUAUUUUUCUGCAUCUGCUUACUGGUAACCUCACGCUUCUGGGUGAUGAAUUUGCACUUGAGGAGUUCUGCACCAGUCUCUUUGAUGGCUUCUUUCUCACUGCCUGCUCAAGAAAGGAGAAUGUACAUAGACAUGUGCUAAGACUGCUGCUUCAUCUGCAUCACAAAGUGGCGCCUGCCAAAUUAGAGUCUCUCCAGAAGGCUUUGGAACCCACCAAGCAGAGUGGGGAAGCUGUGAAGGAGCUUUAUAACCAACUCACCGAGAAACUGGAGCUUCGCAAGCCAAGUCCAGCUGAAGUGACUGAGACUCCCUCCAUGGAACUGCCCUUGCCCACUGUGCCCACACCAGCCUCACGCUGAGCAAUGUCUGUAGUGCAAGAGUGAGACAGGAGAACUAACCUGGCGCUCUGCAGCGUGAAGGCACUGUGCUGCCUUUCAAGUGUCUGGGCCUACAGGGUGGAAACAAAACAAAAAAAAGCCACUUUCAGCAAACACUGCAGUUUACCCAACUCACUAGCUCUUGCUGGUUAGAAAAAUCCAUAUGCAGUGCUUUGCAAAGGUUUACUUUGCUUUAAGAUGGCUGAGUGUCUUGUAGAUUCACUAAAACCUGACUGUACUUUUUUUUUUUUUCCAAAAAGAAAAUGUGUAUUUUUAAGCUUGGCAUCUUGUAUUUUUAAACUCUGCUUUAAGAACUGAUAAAUGAGUGUUUUAACGCCAUUAUGGUUGAGUAGGUAAUGUGAGCUCCUGAAGGCUAGCCAUAGCUUUCCUCGGUCCUCAGUUUGCUCCUCUGGGUCUCUGGAGAAGAUGCUCAACGGAAGGAAGCAUCAGAGGAGAUGAGCUCCGCUGAUACAAGUUCCUGUUUGAGGUUCUAGCUCUUCUGGCAUGUGGUAAGACAUGCUGCCUUAGUCAGAGAUGUCCACCGCUGUCGCUCGACCAAGAAGCAGUCAACAGCUGCUUCUCAGCCAGGCUCUUGCAAAGAAGGCUGGAAACUGAAUCAUUCUCUCCUUUUCUCCCCACUUUUCUCCAAAGGAGUAGCUUGAAAUGAGUCCUGGAGCCAGUGAAGAGAACCAAGAGUAGCAUGUUCCCAAAUGACAAUAGGGUUUGAGUGUAGGUGGAGUGCAAUUCUGUCUGAGAAAACAGCCUGUUCUUCACGGCUUGUUCGUGUCGCUGUCUGUGCUGUUAAUUCCUGCUCUGCUUUUAUUGCUGCCUCAGGGUAAGCCUCAGGUAGAGUGUGCAGGAAGAUGGGCGUGAGAGAAGAACAAGUUGUGUGAGUUUACAACGGACUUUACAUAGCCCGUAAAAUACGCCUGAAAAUAAUCUUGCCAGUCCUCUGUAAGCACGAAGCUGGCUACAUGAAUUACUCUGAGUCGCAGACUAAUUCAGGUAGGAAGGCAGCUCUGAGGGUCUGUGGUCCACCCCUGACUCGGAGCAGGGCCAACUGAGGUGAGGUUGCUCAAGAGCAGGAAUUUGUAUUUUCCUUUAAGUUUCACAAGGUUCCUGUCAGGCCGUUUCUCUGGCCUGUUGAGGGAAUGAGGUGCCUUUGAAGAGCAGCCCUGCCCAGUGUAGCAGCCGUGCCCACAGCUUGGCAUCGUUUUCAAACUUGCUGAGGGCAUGCUCUGUCUUCAGGUAGUAAAUAAAGGCAUUAAACAAUAUUAGCCCUAUUAAUGACCCCUGAGGAAUGCCAUGAGUAAUGGGCUGCCAGUUGGACUUUGUGCUGUUGAUCACAACCCUCUGAGCCUGGCAUCCUGCCAGUUUUCCAUGCAGCUAUCUGAACUGUUAUCAAAACAAUUUGGCUAUAUGGAUUCUUCAGACAGUUGUGCCAAAACCCGUUUAAAGUCAAGGUAAGCUACCCACUGCACUCCCCCCAUCCACCCAGCCAGGCAUCUCUGCACAGGAGGUUAUUGGGUUUGUCAGGCACAAUUAACCCUUGGAAUUUACCCAUCCAUGAUGGCCGUGCCCUGUCACUUUCUUGUCCAUCAUGUUUCUGGAUAUGAUGGUUUUUUUUUUUUUUUUUUUCCCCCUCCCCCCUUCACUAAUGCCUUCUUGCCUGAGACUUGAGCACUCCCAGUGCCAAGUUGUGCUGGUGAGACUUUUCUGUUUCCUGAAGCUGUCAAAAAAAAACCCCAAAACCCCUGCUAGUUAAGUAGAGGUGGAAAUCCCUCCCCAAAGCUGCUGACUCCAUCUUUGCACAAUUUUCUUGAGUUCUCAGGUGCUGCAUGAGGAAAGUGAGUGUCACCACUUCAUCACCUCAGUGCUUUAUUUCUCCUUUUAUGCAAGGACUCAUCUGUAUCUUGUGGGAGAGCUGAGGAGGCAGGUUGGGUUUGUGUACAAGACACUGGCACCGUCGCCUAAUCCACACUGCCCUUGUGCACCUUGUCUCCCAGGUUCCCUAUUGCCUUUGGCAGGCUCUCGGCACUGCUGGCAUUGGACUUUUUGGAAACAGGAACUGGCUAUAACAGUUGUGCCUUACUUGCAAAGUUUUGUUUUUAAACCAUUUAAACUGUCAUGGUAACUUACACAAAAUAACACCCACGCUGCUGGCGAGCCUUUCGCAAUGAACCUACUCAGGCCCAUGCUCUGCUCAGGCUCAAAAGUUGUUUUAGCUUUGUGUUGGGGAUUCCUUCUGUCGCUAAAGGUUUCCCUUACACUGCAUGCUGACUUGGUACUUUCCUGCAACAUGAACUUCUGUGAAUCCAGGCUGACUCUGUGAUUUACUCCUUGGCAGAAAGACCUCUUGUGUUUCUGCCUGUGCCCACAUGCUGGUGAUUUUUUUCCAGGUUUUUAGAUCCACAAAGAACUUGAAUCCCGGAGCAGAAACUGGCCAUUCCCUGGGCUGGUGGCUGCUUCGUCUGAGGAUGGGAAAUCUCUGCACAGCGGAGUGGCUGCCAGUCCAUGCCCUCCUGCUCAAAGAUGGGAUAAGGAGAGACACUUUUCAGAAAUCAUUGUUUUAGCAGUGAACUUCUUGGUCUGUUCCGUUCUUUGAGGUGUGAGUGGUUUCACUCCAGUGCCAGAAAUUACACAGGCUCCUGCUGUGUGUGUAAACAU